AACGUGUGUGUUAUAUAUAUAUAUAUAUAUGAAAUAUCCGAUUACCAAAAAAAAAAAAAGAGAAAUUGACAAUUAAGAGGACAAAAAUGGAAAUAAUAACCAGUUAGACCCCUAAAUAUUAGUUAGGCCACAGCACACGACGUCCAUAUGUUUAACGGCAGGACGUGGCCACACGCGCCGACUCCAACGCCGUCAAAACUCACCGGCGGUAACUUUCCGAUGGCAUAUUCCGUCCGAAUCGCCGUCAUCGGUGACGUCCAUGAUGACUGGAACCUAGAAGAAGAUAGGAAGGCUCUUCAAUUCUUGAAGCCUGAUUUGGUGCUCUUCACAGGGGAUUUUGGGAAUGAAAAUGUGGAUCUAGUCCGAAGCGUUGCAGAUCUAGAGAUCACCAAAGCUGUUAUUCUGGGGAACCAUGACGCAUGGAAUACUCGAAAGUUCUCAGGAAGGGAAAAAGAUGCUGUUCAACUUCAGCUGGAAUGUCUUGGUGAUGAGCAUGUUGGUUACCGUCGGAUGGAUCUCCCUAUGCUAAAACUCAGUAUUGUUGGUGGACGACCUUUUUCUUGUGGUGGUAAGCCCUUAUUUCGGAGACAGCUUCUCAAAGCAAGGUAUGGAGUCCAUGAUAUGGAUAGGAGCGCCGAAAGAAUCUUACAAUCUGCCAUGGGCACUCCAGAGGAUCAUUCAAUUAUAUUCCUUGCUCAUAAUGGUCCAACAGGGCUAGGUGCUAACGUGGAUGACAUCUGCGGAAGAGACUGGUAUGUUGACGGUGGUGACCAUGGUGAUCCAGAUCUAGCGCAUGCCUUAGCCCAAUUAAAAGAGGCUGCUCCAUAUUCGGUCCCAUUGGUCAUUUUCGGUCACAUGCACAAACAGCUCGCUUCUGGAAAUGCCUUUCGCAAAAUGAUAGUGGUUGGAAAUGAUAAUACCAUAUACUUGAACGGAGCCAUUGUUCCCCGGGUCAGAACCCCAGCUUUGACAGCAGAAUCCGAAGGCACGUCGCGUGCCUUCACCGUCGCAGAAAUUUCAAACGGAAGAGUGGAGAAGAUAGCAGAAACUUGGAUUUCUGUUAUUGGAGACAAAACAAGAUUAGAGGAGGAACUUAUACUGUUUAGUAGUCCAAGCAGAGGUUCUGUCCAUGCCUCUCUUUAAUCGGAGCGCUUUGUAUACUGAUGAACAACACAAUGUGAAUGUGUACACGGAUGAAUGCCUGUAUAUAUGUAACAUGAUUUACAUCUUGUUUAUGUGUAUAAUGCAAACCUGAUCCCAGCCCCCAUGUGCAGUUCAGAAUAAAUGGUGGCGUUUUAGCUUUGGAAUAAUAUUAUUUGAGGUACAAAUGUACUGAGACCAAUAUAAUCUACUUGAUUAUUUGCUAUUCAAAA